GCUGGGCUCCAGCUCCAGGAGGCUCCGCCGGCCCCCACGGUGAUGCGCUAAGUGGACGCGCUGUGGAGCGCUGUGGGCAUGGGCAGCCACCGGGCGCAGCAGCAGCAGCCACCGCUGGACCUCUGCCUGGACGCUCCGCUGACGCCUGCGGCACUGGUAGAGCAGGAGGAGGACGAGGAGGACGAGGAAGAGGAAGGAAGCGAUGACUGCACCCCCAGCAGCAGCAGCGCAGCAGAGCCCGUCAGGGUUCCCACUUUUGAUGUGCCAUACUUCAGAUACAUCGAUGAGGAAGAGGGAGAAACAGAGGACGAGCGUGAGGAGGAGGAGGAGUGCAGUGGCAGCUACAGCCGCUCCCUCUCCUCCCUGGAAGAUGACUUUGGCGAAUGCUCUGUUUCGCACAGAUGCACCUCUGCAUGGGGCGCUGCAACACCUUACAGGGUGCUGGGGCACCUGCUCAACCACCUGAAGCUAGAGGAUGAACCAAGUGACUCAGACACGCUCCUGUAUGACUUCCUGCUUACAUACUUGGUCUUCAUGUCAACCAAUGAUUUAUGCCAAGCUCUCCUCGGACACUACUGUUCCAAGCGCAGCCCACUACAUGAGGACAUGACUACUGUCCUGCUCAGGAAACGUAAGAUCCUGCUGAUUGUGUCCCAGUGGAACGCUCUCUACAAAAACUUCCUCCGAGACAACGAGUACAUCAACCUGUUCAUGAAGAGUCUGUAUCGUUGUGUGCUGGAUGACAUCUAUGACUUCCCACCUCUGGAGAAGGAUCUUAAAGACAUCCAGAGACUUCUCUCCAUGCAGUGCAGGCACACUGUGGAUAAGUUUUCACCUCAUCAAAAGAGCAAAGUACUUCACAAACAACUCAGUGCUAAGGACAACUGGCCUCAUCUCAGAACCAUGCCAAGAGAGGAGAGGGAGGUGCUGUACUCUAUGUAUGUGAGUGAGGACUCCUACAUCAGUGUGAAGGCACAGAGCUCUGUCAGAGCACAGCAGCUGCUGUCAUUGUUGGCUGACCUCCUGGACUGCCCUCAGGAAGACAUGGUGCUAGCUGCUCUUACCUACUCUGGAGAGAAGGUGCUGUUUCAGCCUGAAGACAGUGUUUUCUCAGAUUGCCUCUCAUCUGAAGAGAGACUGCAGGUUUACAGGAAAGACUUGACUACAGUUAUGAACCCUCUGACUGUUAAUGGCCAACAACAGCAAAGGACAUCACACCUGCUUGGCCUUAACGCCUGGGAUGUGGCUAUCACCCUAACCAACUUCGACUGGAGUCUCUUUCAUUGUCUACAAGAGCCAGAGCUGAUCUGCUUCACCUGCAGCCGUGAUGCCUAUGUUGGCCACACAGGGGCGAUGGAGAGGCUGCUGCAGCGCUGCAAUGAAGUUCAGCUUUGGGUGAUGACCGAAGUGCUGCUCUGCACCUCACUCUGCAAGCGGGUGCAAGUUUUGAAGAAGUUAAUCAAGAUUGCAGCUCAUUGUAAAGCUCAGAGGAAUAUGAACUCCUUCUUUGCCAUCAUUAUGGGCCUCAAUACAGCUGCUAUUAGUCGCCUGAGUCAGACAUGGGAGAAAGUUCCAGGGAAAUUCCGUAAGCUGUUUUCGGAGUUGGAGGCCCUGACAGACCCUUCCCUCAACCACAAGGCUUAUAGGACUACCUUCAAGAAGAUGAAGACCCCUAAGCUUCCUUUCCUGCCUCUGCUACUUAAAGACAUUACUUUCAUUCAUGAGGGCAACAAGACAUUUCUGGACAACCUGCUCAACUUUGAGAAGCUGCACAUGAUAGCCGAGUCAGCGCGCUUGAUUAAACAAUGUCAGCUGGAUCCCAUGGGAGACGCACUGAGACAGAAGGACAACCCAGACAUGACCUGCGUCAAAUACCUGCACGUAAUCAGCAGCCAGGAGACCCUCUUUGACCUAUCCCACAGGCUGGAGCCACGGCCAUAGUUGGACUUUAGUGUGUGUGUGUGUUUACUGAAAUAUCUGUACAUUAUUACGCUGAGUAGCAGAGUGUUUCUAUAGAGCACUUGCUUCUGAGGACCCCCCCCCCCAAUAGUUGUGCAAUUCUACACAAGCCACAGCCAUGCACUGAGCAUCUAGCUGAAGUUGUCCUAUAUUUUGUCCUAAAAUACAUAAUCCAAAUCAGUGGUUGCAUAUCCUGUACACUCUAUGCGUGGAUAACGGUAUGUUUUUUCCUGUUUGUUUUGCAGUUUGUUUUUCAAAUACAAUUAGGCAGCUUAGAGUGCCUAUGAAGUGAUCUUUUUUGUCAGAUAGAAAGAUUAGCCUGUAGCCACGGACAAUCACAAAAAGCUAUAGAUGAUAAAGUCCUAUACUUAUCACAACCUGUGGUUUUCUGAGAGCAAUGUAGGAAAUACAAUAUAAUCCUUAUGGCUUCAAUGCAGAAUUCAAGCUUAAACCUAGAAUCAAGUGUGUGUGUGUGUGUGUGUGUGUGUGUGUGCGCGCGCAUGUGUGUCAGUCUACUUCAUCAACACCUAACAACUCUGUACAUGCUGUGAAUAUUUAUUUUAAUAUAUUUUCUAUUUUUAGAUUAAUUUCUGCCAGGGCUGUGUGAGGUGAUAAUUAUCACUGAAUGAACAAAAGCCUAAAAUUGAAUGUCAGCAUUAGAUUCAGUCAUUUGAAUCAAACACUCCGUUUGUAAAUAUCAUUGAGCCUCCUAGUCUGAUGUCCCACUGUUUGGAGAUGUUCUGCAGCUAUGCAUGUCACUUGUGAAGCUGUAGGAAUGUAUACAGACACAUUUGUACAGUAGAUUCACUGAACACAGAGAAGGCAGAUAAAUGCAUUUUCAUUUACUGAUGAUAAUGUGUCCUCUUUCAUUCAUUCAUUCAAUAGCAUCACUCUGUGAUGACACGCACACACACACACACACACAC